UUAUUAUGUAGACAACAGGAGUGUACGCACUGUUCGCAAGCAUUGUGCAAAUUUAUAGUUGACUAAAUACAAUAAUAAUAGUGAAGUACGCAAAUUAGCUGUAAAUAAUAGUAAUAAUGCCAACAGAAAUUGAGAAUAUAAAUCCAAGCGUUUAUGGCAAAAUCAAGGAGCGCUUGAUAACAGCUAACGAAGAGAACGACAGCGUUGCGGAUCCCUUUGACAAGCGUGAGAUCUUUGAUCUCAUACGAAACAUCAAUGAUCCUGAGCAUCCGCUCACAUUAGAAGAGCUGCAUGUCGUACAAGAGGAACUCAUAAGCAUCAGCGACAAACAGAAUUCGGUACACAUCAACUUCACGCCCACGAUUCCCCAUUGCUCGAUGGCGACGCUGAUAGGUCUCUCCAUACGGGUGAAGCUGUUGCGAUCGCUGCCUCCGCGCUUUAAGGUUACUGUCGAGAUAACGCCGGGCACGCACGCCUCUGAAUUCGCUGUGAACAAACAGCUAGCAGACAAGGAACGGGUCGCAGCGGCACUGGAGAACAAGCAUCUAGCCGAAGUCAUAAAUCAAUGCAUUUCGGCCAAGGGUUAACUUCGUUUCUGUAUUUAUUUGUUUUAAUAGAAAA